AUAGUGAGCUUAGUCUGCAAAAUAAAUCCUCUACGUGAGCUUCAUUACAAUCAUUUAUGUUAUCUAAAAUGGCAACCAAUCUAAACACCAUUUUUCUCUCCAUUGUUAUGUUACAUCUUGUUCUGUCUGCUCAAACUGAAAUGCAUCCAAAACACCUGGAGUCUCCUGCUCCACAACCACAUCCACCACAGUCCCAACCGCAAACACCGCAUCACAAUAGCUCCCAAUACGGUACUACUGAAGGCAGUCUUCAGCCCCAAGAGUGUGGGCCACGGUGUGGAGAUAGAUGCUCGAAUACAAAAUACAAGAAGCCAUGUUUGUUCUUCUGUAACAAAUGUUGUGCCAAGUGCUUGUGUGUACCUCCAGGUACUUAUGGCAACAAGCAAGUCUGUCCUUGCUACAACAACUGGAAGACUCAGCUCGGUGGACCCAAAUGCCCUUGAUUUAUCCUCUUAAUGCAUAGCCUCCAUAUAGUUUGUUAAUCUAUCUACCAUAAUGUUCUAUAUGUAUUUGGACUCAUUUGCAUAAUCACAUCAAUAGGACCACGUCAAAAGUGCUUUUGAUGCUUACUUAUCCUUUAUAAAGUUUUUGAGUGCACAUAAAGA